UUCCUGACAUGGGUUGGGGAGGUCCCGUUUAAGGGAAACAGAUGAAAAUGUGGAGGCUCCUGUCAGGCGGCUGGGGGUUUUGGGUUCGCAUGCUUGCGCUGCUCUGGUUCCUGAUCGUCGCGGGGCUCGUCAUCAGCCGACUUUCUCAGCGUACAUGCAGCAAACGGCUGUUCCCCCAUCGUGACGACCUGGAGUCAUCUGCGCAGGAGGCUGGGCUGGUGCUGGACGUGCUGCAGCUGCGCUAUUGGCUGUGCUACGGCAGUCUGUGGGGCCAGUUACACGAGCGGCGCAACCCGGCCUGGGAGUCGGACGUCGAGCUGUGCGUGCUGCGGGAGCAGGCCACCGACGACCGCCAGGACAGCCUGGUGACGCAGCUGGAGGCGGCCGGCUUCACGGCCGAGCUGGACGCGCGGCGGGGCCUGCUGGACGUCUACAGGUCGGACGGCACGCCCGGACUCGUGCAGCUCAUCUUCUUCGCGCCCGACUCUGUGAACAAGAUGUACCGGCGGGACGGCUGGCUGCACCGCUCGCUGGGCGCCGACUGCACGGCGGAACCAGAGCUUCACUGCUUCCCCGCCCGACUGGUGGCGGCGCCACUGAAGCGUCGCGCCUUCGGUCAUUACGAGAUGCCCGUGCCUUGGGUGGGCUUCGAGCUGCAGAAGUACCUGUACCCGGAUUCCUGGUAUCGGGAUUAUGCACCCAGCUGCUGACGCGGACGGCAGCGUGGUGACGUAAGGUGGUGGAGUGAAUUGGAGGGGAUUACAAUGUAAAUGGCAUGUGGAGAGAUGCGGG